CUGCCCGCUGCUGGAGGAGACACCCGCAGAAUAAAGUCCUGACAGCUGGAGACCGGCUCUGUUACCUUCAACCGUCAGAGCCGACGGAGCGGAGGAAUGGCUGUAAAACAUCUUCGUCGUUAGCUGGCGGUGAUGAAGGCAGGUUGUCGGGUAUUAACUAACGCCUUUCUGUCGGUUGUCUGUUCCGUUGUGUCGGUUAACGAGGCGUUUACGUCCCGUCAGUUACCAGGUUAGCUCUGUGCUGUGUUUCCACAUAUUAUUACCAUGUUUUUGUCACAUUUGGAGCUGUGGAGAACGUACUGGGAGUGUGUGUCCAGACCUUAUACGGUGUUCAUCUGCUCCCUCACGGCCGCACUGUGCUAUCUGUGGGGCCGCAAGUGUCAGACACCAGCUCUGGUUUGUAGUGAAGCUUUCAGUGUGUUCCUCCACAAGCACUGUCCUGUGGUGGCUGAGCGCUUCAGUCCCACUCCAUGGUGCUGGGGGGGCCGCCUUCAAACCCUGGUCUGUGCCUUGCUCAAGUCCCGGCCCCCCACCACUUAUCGCAAUGAGCUGAUCCGUACUGUAGAUGGUGGUCAGAUAUUGCUGGACUGGGUGGACAAUCAGGCCAGCGCGGCCUACCCAGAAUCCUCUACCCGCCCCACAGUAUUGAUCCUCCCAGGCCUGACGGGGAACAGCCGGCAGUCCUAUGUCCUCCACGCCAUCAGCCAGGCCACCCGCCGUGGCUACAGAUGUGUGGUCUUCAACAACAGGGGAGUCGGAGGGGAAGAGCUGUUGACGCCUGUCACCUACUGCGCAGCCAACACCUCAGAUCUUGAGCGUGUGGUGCAGCAUGUCAAAGGACUCUACCCACAUGCCCCUCUGCUUGGUGUUGGCGUGUCUAUGGGAGGCAUGUUGUUGUUAAACUACCUGGGCCGUAAGCGCACAGAGUCGGGGUUGGUGGCGGGUUUCACCAUCUCUGUCCCAUGGGAUGCCCACAAAUCCUCCGCCUCUAUGGAAGAACCACUCAACUGGCUGCUCUUCAACAAAUACCUCACGAGAGGCCUGUGUCGUGCCAUCACCAGACACAGGAAGAUUCUGGAGAAUGUGGUGGACGUUGACUACGUCCUGAAGGCACGGACUAUCCGUGAGUUUGACGAACGCUUCACCUCCUUGCUUUUUGGCUAUAAAUCUUGUACGGACUACUACCACGAUGCCAGCCCAGACAGAAAACUCCCUAAUACAGCAGUACCCAUCUUGUGUCUCAAUGCUGCUGAUGACCCCUUCUCUCCCCAGAAUGCCUUCCCAUUGACCAUAGUCCGGGGCCUGCCUAACGUCGCCCUGUUGUUGACGGCCCACGGUGGACACAUCGCCUUCCUGCAGGGUUUGUUCCCCCGCGGUGAGAACUACAUGGAGCGCCUGUUUGGCCAGUUUGUCCAGGCAGUCUUUGAACACCCAAAGGACAUCAAGAAAGCCUGUGGCAUCAAGGAGGAGAAGACGAGCUGAUCAGUUUGCACUCUGAACCUGACUGAACACCAGUAUGAAGAAUAUGAAGUCACUUGCAUAACAGCAAUAGAACAACAAUUCAGAAAAAUACAUUGUUUAGCUCUGCAUGUUGUUAUCCUACCACAGACAUAUUGCGUCGCCUUCAUGUUUGCACAGAGAAUGACCAGCUGUAAUUGUUCAAACGUUUGACCUCACUGCAGCGCUGCCGAUCUACCUCCUCAUCGUCUCAGGUUUACAAUCCAAGAAGAUUUUUAAAAAUAAGUGGAAAUCUCUGACAUCAAGCUAUGUACGCUAUUUUUCAAGUAUUCAUGACAUCUUGCAGCCGACGCCUAAUAUUGUGUUGUUUCUCCCUCCUGCCGUCCCAUCUUCACAUGGAGUGUGACUGUAGUAUGUGUUGAAAACAAAAUUAUUCCAUUAGAAAAUUAGUGCUUGGAUUUUAUUUGAAAAUGUUAUUUAAAUAGAAGUGAACUGAACAUGUGAAUUAGAGCAGUGAUAUUGUAGUGCUUUUGCCUCAUAUGCUUCUCUAUUCUUCUUUGUUUUCCUUGAAGUGUGAGAGGCCUUGAAGGAUUAUGCUGCCCCAUGUUUUAGACCUGCAUGCAUACUUUACACA